UUCGCAAGGAUGAAUGUGGGCGUUGCUCACAGCGAGGUGAACCCGAACACGCGGGUGAUGAACAGCCGGGGAAUCUGGCUGGCCUACCUGCUGCUCACCACCGCCCUGCAUGUGGUGCUGCUCAGCAUCCCGUUUCUCAGCGUGCCGGUGGUCUGGACGCUCACCAAUAUCAUUCACAACCUGGCGAUGUAUCUGUUUUUGCACACAGUCAAAGGCACACCGUUUGAAACACCAGACCAAGGCAAAGCACGUUUGCUCACACACUGGGAACAGAUGGACUACGGCAUUCAGUUCACAGCAUCCAGAAAGUUCCUCACCAUCUCACCUAUUGUACUGUACAUCUUGGCUAGCUUCUACACCAAAUAUGAUACCACCCACUUCCUAGUCAACACAGGCUCGCUACUAAGUGUCCUCCUUCCCAAGUUGCCUCAGUUUCAUGGAGUUCGUCUGUUUGGUAUAAAUAAAUACUGAUGAGACACUUCAGCACUCUCAUGGAGGGAAUGUAGCAUUAUGGAGAUGAGAUGACUGAAGUUACUUUACUCUCCAUAUGAUGCUUCUUUGGGCCCGAAAGGCCUUUAAGGAACCAAAUCUGCACUGGACUCAAGUACACUAUUUAAAAAAAGGCCUUCCACGCUCAGGUUCAUUCAAUCUGUGGCAUUUUUUUUUUUUUUUAAUCCUGUCUUAUGUCUGAUUUUUUUUCUGGUUAAUAAUGGUUAAAUAAGGGUUUCUUAAAUUCAUCACAUUCAAGGAUGCUAUUAACUGCAUCAGACAAUGUGCCAGUUAUCAUCAUCAUCCGCUGAUGUUCAAUUUUAUUAAGGUCACUUUUCAUAAACCCACAUGAUCGUGCAUAACUAUAUUCAGACAGGUUUCUUUUGCAUCAGUGUUCUGGUUUAUAUUACACAGGCAGCCACAGUAAAUAAGAUGCGUCUGAUCAUAAAAACAAAACAAUAGGUUGUUUAGAUUUUAAUUUGAAUUGUGUCCGUUGCAUUUUUCAUUUCAUUUGCUCCGAAGCUGCAAAACAGCAAUCUGUGAUCAAGUGAAUGUGAAUCUGCUUUCUCUUAAGUUUAUUGCUAAAGCUAUUAUGAGUUGAUUAUCCUGUAUUUAUUUUCUUUUCAUGACACAUUCCAAUCUGAAGUAAUUGCCAAGGUGAAAGUUUAUUAUUAUUAUUAAUGCUAUUAUUAUUAUAUAUACUUUUAACAUGUCUGCAUGGGUCAUGUUUGUUUGCUAUACAAAAGUGAAAGUAUGUACCGUGGGGAACACAUUAAUAUAGAAGUUAAAGCUGGAUAUAAGUUGAAAGUUUUAGUUUUUUUUUUACACAUUUGAAAAUAAAGAAAUAUUAAAAUGUA